GCGGGGGGGAGAAGAGUCGCGUCGGUUCCUCGAGCCCAAAUUGAGCGGCAAACAAACCGGUUUUUAAUUUUUCUUUUUAGAAUGUAACUUAAUAUGACGUGGAACAGGUGUAAGUAGUUGUGAUUGUAACUUGACCGGACAGCGUAUUAAUACUUUUUUUUUGAGUGAAGAGCCGUUUGUUGAUGAAUUCAGUGCUUUCGGCUUGUGUGGAGUUUAUAAAUAUGUAAUAAACAUGGAACAGUCCGCUACUCUCGACAUAGAGACGCUGAAGAUAACCCAGGAGCAGUUCAUUCUUGCAUCCCAGUCACUGCACCUCCAGCGCCCGGGCCGCGGCGCCGUUUACCCCGUGGGUCUGUACGGCUGGAGGAAAAGAUGCCUCUAUUUCUUCCUGCUGCUGCUCAUGGUCACCAUGAUUGUUAACCUGGCCCUCACUGUCUGGAUUAUAAAAGUCAUGAAUUUCUCCGUGGAUGGAAUGGGGAAUCUCCAGCUGAAACAGGAUGGGAUUCACCUGGAGGGAAUUUCUGAAUUUCUUUUGCCACUUUAUGUAAAUGAGAUCCAUUCCAGGAAGGACAGCUUAAUGGUCUUGCGUUCAGGAAAGAACGUCACGCUGAAUGCUCGAAAUGACCUUGGCCAACUCACUGGUCAACUCACAGUUGGUUCUGAUGCGGUGAAGGUCCAGUGUCAGAGGCUGAAGGUGCUCAGUGCAGACGGAGGCAGAUUGAUGUUCACCGCAAACGAAGAUGAGAUCGUCAUGACAACAGAAAAACUCAGAGUCACAGGCUCGGAUGGCACCAUUUUUGGCCAUUCUGUAGAAACUCCGCUGAUCCAGGCGCAGGCAUCUGAAGACCUGAAGCUGGAAUCUCCGACUCGGACGCUGACCAUGGAGGCUCCCCGAGGUUUGGAGGUCAGCGCUGACCGCGGGUCGCUGAAAGUCAGUGGCCAAAAGGACGUCCAGCUGGAGUCCACGGAGGGCGAGAUACUUUUGGAUGCCGCCACCAUCCAGCUCGGCCACCUCCCACUUGGCGUCUACACGUCGACACCCACUGGAGCUUCCGAGGAGGUGCAGCAGGAGGCGACGUACGAAGUGUGCGUCUGCCCCAGCGGUAAGAUGUACCUGUCUUCCGCGGAGAGCACCUCCAGCUGCCAGGCCAUGAGCAGCAUCUGCCUGUGGAGCUGACCUGGGAGCAGCGCCGCAGAGACGCCACACUUUGAACAUCUGCUGCAGAUCCUGUCGGCGCACGGAGCAGAAGUCAGCUCAGGCAUCAGGGGGAACCUCUG